UUGUCAAUCUGAAGAGCGCAACGAUAACAACAAUAACAUUAGUAGUGUGCUCCCUAGCGACGCUUUUUCGAUUGAUUUGCAGCCAUCCCGAGUGUCCAGUAGGUUGGGUUGAGUGCCGGAAACGGUUGAUGAUCGAAUGAUGGCGUCUUCGGCGCCCGCGGGCAUCGGCGGAGAGGCUUCGUCGGCGCCGGUGCCUCCGCUGGCGCAACUCACGCCGGCCAAGCCACAGACCGUGCUCAGCGACGUGCUCCUUUCGAGGCCGCGUCUGCACGACCUCGUCCGAGAGGUGGACCCUUCUGAACAGCUCGACGAAGAGGUGGAGGAAAUCCUCGUGAGUCUGGCUGACGAAUUCGUGGAAAACACUGUGAACGCGGCCUGUCAGUUGGCCAAGCACCGCAAAGCUACAACGGUCGAAGUGAAAGAUGUUCAGCUGCACCUGGAGCGCAACUGGAACAUGUGGACUCCUGGUUUCGGCACCGACGAGCUUCGCCCGUACAAAAGGGCGCCUGUGACAGAGGCCCACAAGCAGCGACUGGCUCUGAUCAGAAAAACUCUGAAAAAGUACUGAAAUUCCUUCUUGAUGUGUUUUUGAUUAGCCGUAUAAUAAAGGGUUAUCGAACUUGUAAGAUUUUUACAGGCGAAGUUUGUGUUUAGUGAAAUGAUACCUGAACUUGGCGUGAAACGAAUAACCACACACGUUCUUCUUAAUCUAAAAACCGUCUGUCUGGUUCUGCUUUUACCAGAGGACAGUGUACACUAAAGUGAUAUCAAAGCGAUUGCGCGAGCAUAAAAAUUAACUGGCUGAAGUGGACAAAUGCUUGCCUGAUGUAAAAAAUUGUUCUAACUUUUAUUAUUCGACAUGAAUAAAUCAAACAAGUGAUUGCA